AUGGUAGUGUCGACAUUGAUCAAGGUCAUAUAUCUUUCGAGUCACUUCUACUCGCGAAGGUUAAAAGAACAACUCCAAAUAGGCAAAAAAAGGCGCAACAUACUAGUAGAUGGGUCUGUGAAAGUAUUAACUAGUUCUGAAUACAUGCAAGAAAUUAUUUCUAAAACGGAAAAAGGGAAGGCACAUAAGAAAAAACCCAACAAAAAGAAGAAUGAAGUAUUAAGUAACAGUGAAGACGAGGAGAUUGGAGAGAUCUAUGAAGAAAUUUGA